CUCCCGGCGCUAUCAUCCCCUAAAGCACGCGUGCAAGAGACCGAUGGCCAGUGCAGCCGUGUUCGCAGAGCCUAAUGGAGCUGAAUUAAUGACAGUCGAACGCGUGUGCGUGGUGUCUCUGCUCUUGUUCGAGUCCUGUUUCACUCCCAGACACUCCUCUGCGACUUGACGUCGCGGGCAGGAUCACGUUGUACUCAGCGGCCGCCAGAUCAUGUUCAGAUCCCCCAGGAAGCUAAUAUAACCGAAAUCCCUACCCUCGCCAACAUGGCUGUCGCGGCCAAGCAGCGCAUGCCGUCGAGCCAGCGCAGCCCGACGCUUUCAGACGCGGGCAUGAUUCUGCCGGGCUCUGAGGCCGACCACGCGCGCAGCACAUCGCUCGUCUUCGAGCGCCCGCCAUCCGUGUCUGAGCUGUACGGGGUCUAUCAGAGCCCCAGGCUAGGAUUCCCGCCCCAAAACCGGCGCCGCGCCUCACAACAAAAGCAGUCGCCUCCGCUCUCCGCACAGUCCUCGCGCUCGACACUGCGCGACAUGGGCGAUUCAGCCGCCCCCGUUAAAGGGUCGUCUCCGCGCCCCGAUACACUCGCCUCCUCGCCCACCUUCGACGCCAAUGGGCUUCGGAGUCAGCCUGUUGGCAAUUGGGAGGAGCAGGAGCAGCGCCGGUUCAGCACUGCAAGCUCGAUGCUGAGCGAGGACUUUGAGAACUGGCCAGGGUUCGACAGCCACGGGAACUUCGACGACAGCGGUGUGGACCUCGACGAACAGGGAAAGCGCGCGCGAUUUCCCCGCCGCGCCGCCAAAGACGGCGACGACAUGGACAGCGAGCCGUGGAUGAACGGGCGGACGAGCGGCAGCGACGAGGACGACAUCGACGACCCCCAGUCUUCGGCAGCGCUGAGCAGGAGGGCCGAGCUGAUCCUAGCCAAUGCGAAGAAGCGACUGAACGUCAUGGAGGGGAACCUCAGAGGCGCCCGAGAGUCGCUGGUCGUGUCUCCAACGUACACCACAACCAGGAGCACUUCUGAGCUGUCACAACACAUUGCGACAACACGCGAACGCGACCGGAGGCUGUAUGCAGGAAUUGGACCAAUCCCGCCUCGAACACCCUCGUAUCAUCGAAAUUCAUUGCUCUACUCCAACAAUACCAAUAGCCAGGGCCACGCACGGGGCGCAAGCGAGACGUCCAUACCGCUAUCGUUCACGCCAUCUUACGCAUCGAGAAUGAGCACGGGCAAGCGCGCAUCGAGUGCAAUGGGGGCUGCAAGCGGCCCGUGGUCACCAGAGGGGUUCGGACAUGGACGAUUUCCGAUCAAGGAAUCUCGCAGUCACGAAGUAAUGCGCGAUCCACGAGGUACUUGGAAUUCUACCGAUUAUCAGACCCCCGGAAGGUCGACUUCUAGAAGCUCCCGAUCGCCUCCUGGUCUGGAAACUUUGCAAGAAGAUGACAACGGGCGCACAUUGCAGCGAUCUGCGUCCGCAACUAGUGGACUUCGUGGUCAAAUGAACGACCUGAAGGGCAGGAUUUCGAGCCUCAAACUCAGAGCGCAAGAAGACAACAUGCGACGUCGGAGUCUCCAGAGCCUGCGUACGCCAAGUCCAUUCACUUCGUCAGAGCUCUGGUACCAAGGAAAGGACGGCUACCAAGCCGGCACAUCACCGAUCACUCAGAAUGCAGGAUUGGGUAUCAAGACCGAAUCUCCAGCAAGAAAAAUAUUCUAUGAUGAGGGCGACUCGCCAACAACAACUUUCUCUCAACUGGAAGGAGAGAGAUUGCUUGCUCCUAAAGACUACAGUCCGAAAGGCCUGGGCAUUCACCAGACAGGUGUUAAUCCACCGAGUACAAUUGAUGAGGUUACAGAAAGGUCUGACUCGACGCGCGGUAUCGAGGAUGUUGACUUCGUUGCUAUGGAUGGGGAGGAGCUAAGGGCCGGAGCAGAUAGCGUCUACGAAGACGCUGUCUACGAAAUGCCUGUGACUGAGCGACACGAGGACCGCCUUGACGCAUUCGACUACGAACACUUCUUCUUGCACAGCGCAAUGGGAACGUACCGCCAGGAGGACCGCCGAUCCAGUACCAGCUCUGGCAGCUCCACCGCCACCACCCGCCCGGUGACCGCCAUGCAGGACAACGAUGAACUAAGCAACGCUGAAAAACGCAUUUCCAUGCAUCAAAGAAAUCCUAGCGUUGAUUCCAUCUCGAGUGUCGCGACAUUCGCCACUGCUGCUUCGCAUCAGUCCGACGAAGAUGACGAAGAAAACGAACAGAUGGACCAAUUUUCCCAGCAGAUCAUUUCCCACAACCAAAAACUUGCCUCUCAACGCCCUUCCCUUACGUCCCUUCGCUCCGACUCAGCCAUCAACAUGCGCCGCGGCAACGGCAUGGGCAUCUCACCUACGCAAACAGCGAUUUCCCGAGGAUCGUCUCGUACCUCUUCAUCCUCGGGAUCUAUGGCCAGCGGACUGCAGACAAGCAAGAUCUACUCGAUCCUCACAGAGAGCACGAGCAACGAGCCGCGUCUAGCACUCAACGAAGACGAGAAGCAGCUGAUCUACAGUCUAGCUGCAAGCUUCCAGAGCGUAUGCGCGAACCUGCAGGAUACAUUUGGAGAGCAGCAUGACCGCAAGGCGUGGCGCCGACGCCUCGAUGACGCCCGCAAAGUUUUAGCUGGAGAGGUCGAAGACGACCCGUCCUUCUAAACGACACGCACACACGUAUACAUAAUGUGUAUUAGUACCACCAACCAGCGCUUCGGCGCUGCUUCCCUGUACGAUCUAGAGACUAUGAUCUCGCUAUACGACAUCGACACCGACAUAAUUUCCUAUAUUUCCACGACUACAAUGAGCUCCACGCCAUCAUAGUACCUUUUCAGUAUUUUACUGUAAUUAGCUUCGGCUGCUUUCUCGCCAUACUCUGUGCUACCUACCUUCCUUUCGACUUGUGCAGAUAUUUUUCAUAGACGUUGUAUUGAUACCCUGGAGGAUGGUGGAGAUGGGCGCUCCGGUGUGGGUGGGCUUGUAGUCUAGACUGAGCGUGUAGCUGUAUUAUAGCUGCUACCUACAUACUCGAGCACCAAUGAUAGCGAAUGUGUAUGAUCAUUCAACACUCGACUGAAUCGUCUGUCUUGUGGUCAUUAUAUCGAGAUCCUGGCUCGAGUUA